CUCAAGCACGCGGUGUCUGCCUGCAUACUUAUAUCGCACGGCGCUUUCAUCUUCUUCUGUUUCGUCGACAACCAGGUGUUCAUAUACCGUACCGUCCCCUUCCCUAAUCUUCGCCCGUGGCUGGACCACGUUCGCUUUCGCGCUAUCACGCUUUCGCAUCUCAAUUACGCACAUUCACGUCUAUAACGACACUUCACGCCUCGACCCACGUCAAGAAUGCUCAACAGGACUGCCGGAACGAUUGGCCGCAAUGCCUCCCCACUCUCACCCGGAUUCAUGAAGCUCGAGCCGGAGCAGCGCGUGCGCAUACUCAAGUCGAGCCAGAAGGUUGGCAAGAUGCUAGGUGCGACGCCCGUCACAGACGUGGUAUCCCCAGGCCGGAGCGGCCUUACGCCCAUGAGCACCCCGAGGUCCGCUCUGAACGCUAGCGUUCUGGACGGCAAGCGCGCACCCGUGCGUGCAUUCUCUGGUCCCUCCCCGAACAGGCACAUCCAUGUUGCUGCAACCCGAGCGAGUACAUAUGACGAGGGACUCAAGUCGCCCGUCGUUCAAAUCACGAUAUCUUCCCCUCUGAAUGAGGAACAACAGGCACCCGCGCUCGCUACCAAAAAUACGAAUGCAGGCAGAGGGAUCCGGAGGAAGAAGGUCCCUGCUGCUCUUCCCCUCAAGCAGGGAUCGCGCACGGAGGCGAUGCCAUUGUCCCCAUUCCGCUAUGCAACGCUCAAGGCGGCCAAGACCCCAUCUCUGUCUCCGCUCUCCCCGAUGUCUCCGUUCUCGCCUAUUACGGUGAAGAAGGUAGAGGAGAGCAAGGUCGAGAGGCUACAUACGCUGGAGAAACUCGCGCAGUACUCUGCAGUAGGCAUCCCACAGGAGAUGAUAUAUCCCUCAUUCGGCCAGAUGGAGGAGAAGACUGAACAGAUAACCUCCUUCCUCGACCUUUAUCGCAUGGGAACAAUGAGCCAAGUGGUCCCCGAGCGCUCCGCCUCUCUUCCCUUGGAGGUACAGAGUGCUGCUGUUGCGCCUGUAGCCGUGCCUCAAGUGACCGUCACCAGCCCCACCGCUGCGGUCUCCGCAUUGCUCAUACAAAGGCGCGGUCGCGCUAACAGCCGUAGCUCGACAGGAUCCACCAAGCGACGCAGCAGGUCGGCAGGAGACUACUACACUGUCGUCGACGCGCUCGCCCUCGAGAGCCCCGGCUUCGGAGCGCGCGUGAGCAGGCAGUUGCACAUGGCGUCUGUCCAGUCUCCCGCUGGAACGAGCUCUGCCUUCCUCGCACCGCCUGAACCCGUUCUGUCCGCCAAGCGUGAUUCCUUCGCCUCCGCGCCCUUCUCGCCAUCCAUCUACUCCCAGCUCUCUGCGCGCAGCAUCAAGUUUCCCUUCAGCACCAAGGAGGACUCGGAACCCACAGAGCAGGUGACCUCGCCCGUGCAGCGCCAACGUACGAUUGCGAAGGCGCGUAGAUCAAUCCUCACGGACGACGCGCAGAAGAUGGCGACCUUCCGCACGCGCUUCGGGGUACGCCCUCUCGACUUCGCGCUCCCGAUUACCCCGAUGCCGCUCCCGACGGGCCCGCUCCCGAGCCCGCCCAUGUCGCCAGCGCCACCCGCAGAGGUACGCUCGCCUCGCGUGCCGUACUGGGUGAAGAGCUCGUACCGCCCGCGCGACUCUAUGCAAGCGCUCGAGCUCGUCAACAUGCGCUACGACCCCGAAGGCAAGCGUCGGAGCGCGAAGAGGAAGACUAUCUUGCCUACACCGCGCACGCAGCGUUUCGAGCGCAGGAUGGGAUGGGGAGGAGAAUGGAAUCAGGGGGGCAUGGCAGGCAUGGUGGGUUCGCUGAAGCAGUUGUGAGCUAUGUAGGUGUGAGGUGAGUGGGUGGUUGGGAUUGGGUGAGGUUCGCUUGUCGGGCACCUGUUUGUGCGUUUGUUGUAAGUGCCCUGCCGGC